AUGAAACAGGAGGUAUUCGUAUGGUACAAUCAAACUGUAGGCCCCUCGGCGAGCACAGCGGGACGCUUGUCGGCGGACUGGGAACCAUCCUGGUUUGGUAACAUUUACAGCCUAGGCGAUAUUGAAACUGCAGUUGAAUCCAGCAUGAUAAGCACGAGGUGCUGUCAAUACGAAGAAACCUGGCUUGCGCCGAAUACGAUAGCAUUCAAUCCCUCGGCUAUUCAGUUCCCUCGGAUCAAAUAUGGUUGUCUUGCACAUCAGAUAUCUCUGUGCAGAACGUUAGUCGUUGGCCAACCGAUCAUUAAAAACACUCCCGGCAGCAUAUGUCUCGAAAGCUUCUGCGUACUUCGGAGGUAUAGCGUACAAAAUCUUACCAGCGCUUCCGCGGUGCAGGUAGGAAACUGAAUUCAAAAAGGCAUCCUCGGUGUGCCAACAAAAUCGCGUAAACAUGUGACCGACGUAGAACAUUGAGUGGUUCACUCCCGGCAUACGCGGCAUGUGACGCAAAACACCUUCCAUGUUGGGAUUGCCGACAUGGUACUUGGGGCCGGGAAAGUCGGCAAAAGAGGUUUCUAAUUUUCGCUUUCGUUUCUUGCAUCGCUGUGCAGAGGGCUUUCCAAUACAGUGCCUCCUACGAUAUAGUGCUAUAGCGUGACAUACCUCUAGAUAUGGCACUAUUGGAGGGAUGGCACUAUAUAAAGGAGGCUGAUACAGUAUACAUAUAUUUGGGAACAAAGCACACGCAAAGCACAAAAGCCAGUAGAACACAACUAAAAAUGUAGAACUUCAAUCCUUUGAGUAUGGAGUACCCAAGGGUACUGUACUCGUCGCCAUAUUUUCCAGCCGUCGCACCUCCAUAUCGUAAAACUGAACCAUGCCAGAUGAUACACGUAUGGGCUUAUGAUAACCUGUGCCAGAGGGGGAGCCAUAGCACUAUAUAGAGGGAGGCACUACUAAAGUAGGCACUAUUGAGCGACCCCCCCUGUAUUCGAACGCUUUCUCUCAUCCUCAUCAAUGUUAUCUUCUGUUUUGGCUGGGGCGCUGGUCAUAGUGGCUUCAGCCUUGGAGGCUUCCUUCGUGCCUCCCGGUACAGGGCGCUUCUCUUUUUUAACCAGACGACCGGUAUCAUCCAUGCCGUACCAUUCCACAUACGACUAGUGUCUAGGUGACAAAUGACCUCAUAUGAGGUCACUUUUCAACUUAUUUUUCUCGACUUGCGCUAGCUCAACAAGAUGGAAAAAAGAUACUCUCGACACGGCAGUUGACUUCUGCGUUGUGGAAGGGUGGAGUUUGGUGAGAUCUGCACGUCUUCUCCAGCCAUUUUUGAAAUGCCCAAAAAGGAGCCUUUUUUGACCAACCUCAAAACGUUUUAUGUUGAUAUCUUCGAAACCAAAACGCCUGUUUAAAAAGUCAACUCAUCAUUGAUACUUCAUUAGAUUCUUAGUCUCUCUGUGCAUUGACAACCGCCAUCCCAAUGUUUUGCAAUAUGUUAUUGCCGAGCGCGUAUACGUUAAAGAAAUGGUGUCCAAACUGAAUGUUUUAAA